GUGGUGUAAUAUUUCGAGAUAAAAAAGUGUAAAUGUUAUUCCGCCGAGAAACAUUGUAAAAGCAUAAAUAAUUCGCCAAAGUCACAACGCUUCAAACGAAUGACUUUUGUAGAUAACUUAUGUUGAAAAGAAUACGUAAAAUGCAGGAAUUGUGCACAAUGAACAACAUUAAAGUGAAAUAGUGUAGUGAUGUGAAGUGAACUAAUUUUUGCAAAAAAUAACGACACAAGUGUCAAGACUGACUCAUUUAAUAUAACUCAUUUAAUGUCUGUGACGCGUGUAACUUAGGGCACUAAGUGCAUCAUAACAGGCGAUGGAGGAAAUAAAAAAUAUGUUAGUUAUCAUGCAGCAAGAUAUAAAGCAACAAAAACAAGACAUGCUAGAUAUGAAAGAAGAUAUUAAAUGUACAAUAAUCAACAGCCUCAACGAGAAGUUUAAUCACUUAGAACUAAAAAACGAGCUUUUGGAGAAAAACCUAGAAGAACAAACAAAAAAAAUAAACAACCUAGAAAGACAGUUUAGACGCAAAAAUCUAAUCUUGUUUGGCGUAGAUGAGAGCGAAAAGUCAUACGAUGAACUCGAAGAAAUGGUCAUAAACAUAAUAAAUACAUACAUCAAAAUUUCAUGCGAAACUCACAAUAUAGAAGCUGUUAGAAGACUGGGGAAAAAAGGCGAAAAAGUUAGACCUAUAGUAAUAACAUUCAACACAUUGGGAUUCAAAUUAAAAAUCCAAAAAAAUAAACAUUACCUCCAAAAUACUUCUUAUUACCUAAAAGAAGACUACCCAAUCGAAAUUUUAAAUAAGCGUAGAGAACUUCAAGUCCAAGUUCAAAAAGAAAAAGAUGCAGGCAAUACUGCCUUUAUAAAGUACGACAAAAUUAUUAUAUUGAACAACAAACAACCGUUGUAUAAACAGUCAAACAAAAGAAAUCUCUCUGAAUCCCCGGAGACACUUCACCCCGGCAGCCAAGGUGUUCAACAAGCUAAAAAGCAACCACCUAAGAAAAACAAAGGAAGCAUGAAGAACUAUUUUAUACAAAAGCCCAAACUAAUCCUCACUCAAGCAGAAACAACUCAACGCCAAACGAAUACAUCACAACACAACACUGAAUAGCAAUCAAAAUCGGCCCCUCUCCCAACCUCAAAUCUCCCAAUACGGCCGGUCACCGCGGGAGAGUACGACCAAAACCCUCCAAAAAAAGCCACACAGACGGUGAUGAGACAAUACAAAAACACAACCAAAUUAAAAAUCGCAGCUUACAACGUCAGGACCCUAUCUUCACAUGAACGCUGGUUGGAGUUAAAUGAAGCAACAAAAAAUAUCAAUUAUGACGUAAUCGGUAUCUCAGAGAUCAGACGACUUGGUAAUAAAAUAGAGGAAUAUGACAACUUAAUAUUCUGCUACAUUGGUAGUACACCAGGUAAAUUUGGAGUGGGCUUCAUCAUUAAGAAGUCUCUUAAAAACAACAUCGAAAGCUUCAUCGGCCUAACAGAU